CGGCAUGGCGGCGGCGGCGGCGGGGCGGCGGCUCUUCACCCUGAGGCUGCCUGCCCAGCGUGGUGCCCGGGGGUACCGAGCAGCUCUCUGCACACAGCUGGCACAGCCCCUGCUCGUGCAAGACCUCCCAGCCCCUCGGCUGCUGCCAUGCCAGGUCCGUGUGCGUGUCCAUUACUGCGGGUUAAAUUUUGCUGAUAUCUUGGCCUGCCGGGGGUUAUACCAGGAGAAACGCACUCCUCCCUUCACCCCUGGAAUGGAGUUUUCAGGGACUGUAAUGGAGACAGGAGAAAACGUCAGUGCUGUGAAGGAGGGUCACAGGGUGAUUGGUGUGUCUGGCAUCAGUGCUAUGGCAGAGGAAUGCAUUGUCGAUGAGAAGGCACUCUGGCAGAUCCCUGACAACGUGUCCAGUGAGGAUGCAGCAGUGCUGCCUGUUGCCUAUGGCACAGCCUGGCUGGCUCUGCACCACCGAGCACAUCUGCAGCCACGGGAAACAGUGCUAGUGACAGCAGGAGCUGGAGCCACUGGCCUUGCCAUCAUUGAUCUGGCUGUCAGCGUGUUCCAGGCAAAGGUGAUAGGAGCAGCUGGCAGUGACCCCAAGUGCCAGCUGAUCCUGGCAAAUGGGGCAAGCCACGCAGUGAACUACAGCCAGAACAGUCUCAGGGAGCAGGUGACAGCACUCACAGGUGGCAGAGGGGUCAACGUGGCCAUCGAAGCUGUUGGUGGGGACAUCUUCAAGGCUACCCUGCAGAGUUUGGCUUGGGAGGGCAGGAUUGUGGUGAUGGGUUUUGCUGGAGGGAAAAUCCCCUCAAUUCCUGCCAACCUGCUGCUCCUGAAGAACGUGUCAGCCAUGGGAGUGUACUGGGGUCGGUACCAGCAGGAAGACUUCCCUCUUUUCUCCUCUGCCAUGUCCUCCCUUCUUCAGUAUUGCCAGGAGGGAAAGAUCCAUCCACACAUCGGAACAGUCUUCAAGCUGGAAGAGGUGAAUGAAGCCUUCAACCACGUGCUUCAGCGCAAGUCCACUGGAAAGGUCAUCAUCUCCAUGAAGUAAAAGGGCUGUGAGGGAUUUCUUGAAUACAGUAAACCAGAGGACCCUCAGCCAACCCUGUGCAUGUCCUGCAUCAUCAUAUGGCUAUAGGAGCAGUAAUUUUCCAUAAGGCUGUCUGGAUUUCCAAAAUCAUGAAUAAAGUUACAUGACACUCUUCAUUUGAGCCAGCAGCAUUUCUGGGGGCAAAGAGUGACAAGGCUGGUGUGGAUGUAAGCUGGAUUCUGUCCAGCAGUAGGCUGUGAGCCACUUUUCCCCCACUGGGAACAGCUGAACUUCCUACAUCAGCUGCGGGAAGAGAGGAAACCAGCUUUUUUUCUCCGAUUUUUAGUACAGUUUGAGCUGGACAAAGAACAAGAUAACUAACUGGAGUCCUGUUGAUGCUCAUUUGGGAACCACUGGGGUAGGCAGUGGAACAGUGCCCUGCCUGUUCCACCUUGAUGGAACACUUGGAUUUGAAAGGAAGAGCAGUGAGGAAGACGUGGGGGUGAAGCACAGAGCAAUGAGUUGCCUGCCCUGCCAGGUGCCUGUGUCUGCUCCUGACCCCACAUCAGCUGGCUCAGUCCCAGGAGAGUGAUCACAGUCCCAAAUACCUCCAUACACAUCAUGGCAAACAAAAGCAACCCGAAACUCUAACAACAAGCAGGCUGCGCUCUUUGAGGCUUAACAACAGGGACUUGAGCUUUAAUGGACUGCAGAGACACAAUAGUUGAGCCAUUUGAUCUGACCAUACUUAAAUUUGUCUGUACUGUGUCCUGCUGAUCCAGCUCCCAGUGUUGUGCAGGCUCUGGCUUCACAAGCUACUACAGCAUCACACCUCAUUAUGAAGCACUGCAAUAGCCCUCCUGCUUUCCUAGCAUGCCUCUACUGCAGCAACUCCAGCCCAGCCAUACUCCCCUGCUUACUGCUGAGCCUCACACCCUGGAGGAAAUUAUUUAACUCCCAUCUAUUCUCUAGAAGCCUUGCAAAUUCAUCAUGGUACAUGCAGGUUCUCCUUUCAGAAGUGUUUUUUUUUUAAGCUUAUUCCACUGGUAAUAGCAGGAAACUACCUGCUGCAGUGAAGGAUUCAUCUAAAUAAGCUGAAAGCCAUAGCUGGGCUGUAGUUAAUGCCUAGCUCACUUCAGUGCUUGGGCUAUCACCAUGCUUUAGGAAAAUGGGCUGCCUAAAGGAAAAGCUCUAGCAGAGGCUAUGAAACCGUGACUUCAGCCUACAUUGAGCCAUCUCCUGGGAGUUAUUGAUAACAUUUACUAUUAGUGGUACCUGACAACAGAAGAACAGGACCCUUGCCCUGUUGCACCUACUAAGCUUCCCACAGCAUUUAAGGUCAGUGCACUCAUUAGCCUUCAGCACUCAUUAGUUUUUUAAUCACCACCCUUCCAUCAAUUUUGCUUAACUGAAAUAAUAACUCUGGUUUCUUCAGGUCACACCACAGGGGAUCCAGAACUUAAUUAUGCAGAAGAUGUAAAUAAACUGACUUUAAGAAUGCUUAAUAAUGUUAAAAUUGUUUCGUUACAAGGGGCUCUGAAAAAAUCCUCUCACAAUUAUUUGAGCCUUGCUUACCUCUACCACACCUUGAUAUUCAUCUGUUGAAGGAGAAGGACCUUCAGGGACACCAUACCUUACCUCUUCAGUAAUUAAGAAAACUAGAAAAACCUUUAACUUGUUGUUCCCAAACAACAGUUUUAGGCAAUGGAAUAAUAAGCUUGUUCAGCUCACAGCUUUAUAGUACUUUUCAGGCUUUAAUAGCUACUUCUCAGCCUAAUACACAACCCCUACAGCUAUUUUUCUCAAGUACUACCACCAACAGCCAGCAUUGGAGUAAAACUCACCUCUUCUAUUCAAUACGUAAACCCUUCAGUCCCCUCUGAGUGCCUUAAUAAGUCUUAAUGGCCAUGGUGAGGCUCACCUGAGUGUCCCCACCCAUGGACUGGGAUCCUAUAUGUGCUCAGCUCAGGGAAUCAUUUGGUUUUUUGAACUGUGCUGUAGGUGCACUGUUUUUUAGUUUACUUGACUUUGUUUUUGAGUUGUGGACUGACUUCAUUGCUGGAUUUCAGGCCUUAUAGGUGUGCUUAGGAAAGCAUCUUUCUUAAGAAGAACAGUGAGGUAUUGGUACAGACUGUCAGAGAUGUUAGAGCCUCCAUUCCUGGAAGCAUUCAAGAACUGUAGAGGUGUGGUGCUGAGGGCUGUGAUAAGUGGGUAUGGUGGGGGUAGGUUGGAUUUGAUGACUUUCAAGGUCUUUUUCAACCUGAAUGGUUCUAUGAUAUAAGGGAAGUUUCAAGACCCUCGGAUGUCUUGUUCCCAUACUUGGAUGGAAUCUACCAGGCUUGUUUGCUCAAUCCAGCAUCAUUCUGAUGCUUCUUUAGCUCACAUCUUGAGUUUUACUGCUGAUAUUCUGAUAUUAAUGCUAUGUCUGCUUGGUCUUGAAGAUCAUCCACCACCCUGGUGGUUCCUAUGUGACACCCAUGGAACACUGAGGAAGGUUUUCCCUCCUGCUCCUGGCACCCCAACCUGAACUGCACCUCCUAACGUACUGCAUUACACCCAAACUCUAUCUAGCUGCCUUGAGAUGAGCUCAUAGGUACCAACGAGCUGCCUACAAGCAAUGGUGAGUACCUGCUGCCUCUUGCUGACUGCUUGCUAUUGCCUACCCCUGAGUGAGGGGGUAGUAAGGCAAUGGAGGAAAGGAACAUGCAGUAUGCCAGGGUGUGUUGCAUCCCUGUUUGGUAAUAAAGCAAUAGGGAAACAACUGCAACUACCUGCAGGGUGCUGCCUUCUGUGAGGCUGUGAAGGAUUUAUCCAGCUCUUCAAAGCGUCUGCAGUUUAGCUACUCACAAUCUGCAAAAAUUGGAGUGGAGCAACAGUAAAGCACAGCUUUCAAAACCUCAUUUUCCUUUCUUCCUUUCAAGCUGACAAUAAGAUUUUAAGAAAAACUUUGAAUAAUGGAUACACUUUUGAAUAAUGGAUGCUCUGUAGCCCAAGUCCCUUGCCUUUUCUCUCUGUGCCUGAGUGAGAAGGCUUCUAAUUGCCAAGCACGUGGAGAGGAGGUGCGGAGCGCUUUGUCUCUCGCACUGCUGAUUAACCAAUGUGUACGUGCACAUUAAAAAUUCAGAGGUGGGUAAGCACAUCCCAGCCCUGGGCUCUGUGCUGUGCACCGUGGCUUUUAUCAGCAAAGGAUCUGGCACAAGAUGUUUUGCAUUUGUUCUUGUUUUCUUCUUGUGGCUGAGCGUCAUCUUCUUUUUUGGGGGGUCAGAUUUGGCUGUUUCCAUGGAAGUGCUGUUCCUAUAUGCUGAUUGGGGAGGGAGCUUUUAAAUAGGGCUACCCAAACCAGUGCCUGUCCUGAGGGUUAUGGCCUUGUGGAGGCUGUCUUUUGGGGUCACUGUAUGUUUUUUUUUGUGCUGGAUUCUCAUCUGCUCCAUACCAGUGUGCUGUUCAAUGCUUUGAAACUAAUACUACGUGUGCUGCUGCCCCUCUGGCUCCUCAGUCUGCCCAGAAAUGCUCCAGUCUGGAAUAUUUCUUCUCCAAACAAGCAGUGAUGCAGUGGCACAGGCUGCCCAUAAGAAGUGGUGGGGUCAC